GGUGCACAACGUAAGCACUCUGCGCCGGGAAGCAGGUACAGCAAUGGCGGGGCUUCCAACAAAGCUCGAAAAAGAGGGCGAGGAUUGUUCUUUGCUGCCUUUAGUUCAUGAUAUUAUCAAAUGCAUGGACAAGGACAGUCAGGAUGUCCAUCAAGAACUGGCUAAACUGAAGGCAAAGAUUCAGGAGGCUCGGGAGCAGAUCUCCAACAUGCCCGGGACAGACAGCAGUCCCCUGGAGCAGCAGCAGCAACUGGCCACGCUGCGGGAGCAGGUCCGCACCAAGAACCAGCUGCUGCAGAAAUAUAAAAGUCUAUGCAUGUUUGAUGUGCCGAAAGUAUCAUGAGACACAGGACUGGAUUGCUACGCUGCCUGGAGAAAGCCGAGGAACAGUCCAAAUGCAGAUAAGACUUUUAAGAGCACAGGAUGGACGGUUGAUGAAGAGGAACUGCUUCUUAUUUUCUCAGAUGCAUCAUACUGCGGGAUGUUUUUUUUGUCAGACAAUGUCCUAUUUUGUCCUUGCUUUUUUUUGUUGUUGUUUUGCAUUGCAAGAAUGCAAAUUUGGAUUUGUAGUGUUUUUCUUCUUAACACACACACAUAUAUUGUAAUAAUUUAUUGAAUUAUAUCUGUUUUAAAAUGAGGUUGGGGAGAUUUGUUGUUCCAAGACAUCUCUGCAGUAAAACGAACAUCAUGAAACAACCAAGUAUGCAAUACAUAAGAAUUGAUAAUGUACUAAUGGAAAGUGGGGUCAUAGACCAGAAGUAAGUACUGUGCCACACAUAUGAAAUGCAGAGUUAACAACAUUGCUGUCCUACUCCUCCUGUGGAACUUGAAGUUGACAGGAUCACAUCGCAGUAUGUACAUUCAAAACAUUAGGUUUCAGUCUGUCCGUUGUACUUGGGUGUCUGAAAUGAACUCUGAGACAGCAAAUCAUAGAUUUGUGAACAUUCAAGUGCCUGGCUAAAACCUCAACUAACAUGACAGCAUCCAGAAUACCAGCAGCCUGUUCUCAUUUUUCUUCUCUCAUCUUUGCCAUUUUUUCACUUGAAUAAAGCUGCAUUUUGAGGUAGCUUUUUAUAGUCAUUGGUCAGGGUAAUGUCUGUGUACUGGUCAUGUUGUCUGAUCAUUGUCCUUUAAAGCUGCACCUGCAUAGGUUGUGGAUUAAGUCAUUGUUCAAGAAUUUGUUACCACUUGAGCAGCUAAAAAAAUAUUUGAGCACAAUUGGCUAAAUUCAUCCCAUUCAAGGUCUACCAAUAGAGUUUAGAUUUUAAAAUUUCUCGCAGUAAAAAAGACUAUGUGCAUGCUACAUUCAGAUUUAAUUUUGUAUGACAUUUCUUGUCUUGCAUUAUUCAUAUUUUGUAAUUAAAUUACUUCUUUAAGAGCUACAA